AUGACGACGUUACAUCCGAGAACUGCAGAUGCAGCUGUAAAUUGCAUUAUAUACUGCCUUGCUACCACCAACUUGCCAAAUGCGAUAUCAUCCCAUUGGAAAUGGUACCUAAAAGAGGGCGAAUCCGUCAAGUUCCAAAAAUUACUAGUUGACGAUUAUGCUAUUGGUACUGCCGAUGAGAUAGAAGAAUUGCCUGAAGAGUUUCACAACUCUUUUCAUGAUCACAAUUUUCAGCACGAGGAAAACGAAAGGGGAAAAAGUAAUGAUGGAGUUAAACUUGCUUCUUUUCCUGAACUUCCUUCAAAGAUUUUCUCAACGUUGAGAGAGAUUGAUGAUUUCAGUAAAUCAGUAGUUGCAGAACAAUUCAAUGUCGAAGUUUUGCAUAAUUUGACUGAGGUUAAAGAAAAACUACUUGGAUCCAAGUUUGAUCUGGCUGCAAUUUUACCACCUUUAACCAACAUGAAGGUUAAAGGCACUCGUCGUCUGGAAAUUGCGGUCGAAAAAAUGCAAAAACAAGUUCGCGGGCCUAGACGUGGGGAUAUUAAUAACAUGGUUUUGGAAGUAUCCCUUUCUUCCAACUUCAAUCUUGACGAUAUUACAGCUGUCUACAGCCCUGUAGGGGAUGGCCAAUGUGGAUUUAGAUGCCUGGCCAUGCCUUUGUACGGAUAUCAGAGUCAAUGGAUGGAGCACCUUUCAGAUGUACAAACAUACUUUGUACGAAGGAAGAGUAAACAACGAACUUUUGAAGAAAUUUUGACGUCCAAGGACUCUCCUUGCGCGCCUCAUUUUUACUUCAAUGCAGCAGAUUAUCCCCAGUUUGCAGCUGACGCAUUUGGAAGGGCCAUUGCUGUAUACACGGUUUCAUCAAAGGCCCUGGUGAGACCCGGUCUUCUUCUCUGGUGUAACCCAAGCAGUCUGAAAGGAAUACACAUCUUACCGAGGGCCGGCCAUUUUUAUUUGAUAAAUCCAAAAAAGCGGGAAUGCGGCCGAGCAGUAAGUUGUAUACUGCCAGAUGACAAUCCUUACCACAAGGCUGUAAUGAAGAAAUGCUCAAAUUUGUGUGAAAAUGAUUUUACAAUUUUGUUUUAA